UUUGCUACGCACGUUCGUGUCAAAUUUUAAGAAAAAUAAACAUCAGGGAAGGUAAUUUAAACGGAGCAAAGAUUUUAUAAUUAGAACGCAAUUCACGCAUCGGACGGGAUGCGCGUAACCGGAUAAUCUGAACCCGUCGUUAGGCUAUAAAUAGCAGCAAUAUUUCCUUCCAUCAUAACUGGUGAAAGCUCUUUAAGCUACUUUCUGAUCGAGCGGCGUCGUGGUGGAAUCUAGAUUGAUCGGCAUUGGAAUUGGCAUAUUGGCACCAAAAGCGGAUGAGUAAUUGCUGAAAAAAUGUUGGCUCAAGAGGAUCCCUCUUCUAUUGGAGAAUGGUACCGCGAAAAACGACUUGGCAGUGGUGGCUUCGGAGUGGUCACAUUAUGGAAGAACCAACAAACGAAGGAGAUGGUUGCGAUAAAAAAAUUCCACAUUCUUCAAGAUAAGAGUGAGAUGACCGAAAAACACUGCGAGCGCUGGCGGAACGAGGUAUCGCUAAUGACAAACAAGGUUCGAAAUGAAAAUAUUGUUAGCACAGUACAGGUCAAACCGGAUAGUUUUAUCAUAGAAUUGGCGAAAAUUUCAGCGAACAAAUUGCCUAUACUUUGUAUGGAAUAUUGUGAGGGUGGUGAUUUGAGAAGGGUUUUAAACCGAGCCUCGAACUGCAGUGGACUGCGUGAGCUUGAAGUGAGAGACAUUCUGCGAUCAUUGCGAAAUGCAAUAUCGUGUUUGCACAGCCUGAAGAUAACCCAUCGCGAUAUUAAGCCAGAAAAUAUCGUGUUGAAGCAAGAGGGCGAUCGAGUAGUUUACAAACUCACCGACUUGGGAUAUGCCAAGGCUCUGGAUAAACAAAGUUUGAAUGCAAGCUUGGUUGGUACAGUGGAAUAUAUCGCACCGGAUUUAAUUUAUUGUGACCGUUACAACUGUUCCGUUGAUUACUGGUCGAUGGGAAUAAUCGGGUUUGAAAUUAUAUGUGGAAUUCGGCCUUUCAUUCCACACGCAACGGUUGCAAAAUGGAUGAUGCAUGUGCAGCUGAAGAAAUCGAUGCACAUUGCAAUCACGGAAGACAAUAGCGAUAACUAUGUUUAUCACAGUGAAAUUUACCCCCACAAUCAUAUUGCACCGGAUUUAAAAAAUCAUCUUGAAAAGUGGCUUAGGUUGGCUUUAGAAUGGAAUCCGAAACAGCGGGGUUAUGUAUUUCAGACCGGCACCAAAGAGGAGACCGACCAACAGUUGAAAUCGGUAACGUUUGCCGACAGUCCGGCUGGUAGCAAGCAGCCGGUUCAAGUGUUGAAGGUCUUCUCCAUGCUGGACGACAUUCUACAGAAGAAAUUUUUGACAAUCUUCUGUCUGUUCAACUGUAGUUUUCUUAGUAUGGAAAUUGAUGAAUCAAGCGAUCUUGAUAUGAUUAAAGAUCAUAUCGAAGCAAAAACGAACAUUGCACGGGACGCGAUUGAGUUCGUGCUUCCACUCGAGCAAAAGUUGGACCGUGUUACGGAGAGCACAAAACCAAUUGAUCUCUAUCUAGCCGGUUUAUACGAGAAACCGAUGCUCUAUGUAGUCAACAAACAAGGUGCCAUUAUUCAGCCGGAUUUAAAGCCGGAAAUACCAAAGAGCGUGUCGGAUGUGUUCCAGAACAUUAGGGUAAAAUUGAAGCCGCACAUGUUGCGGCAGUUUGCCGGUAAUGCGCACUUUUUCGUGACAAACGAACAGCGCCUGUACGUCUUGGCACUGGAAGGAAUAAAAAAUUACGCAUUGGUGCUAAACGAAGAGAUUGUCAAAUGCAAGGACGAGGUCGGACAACUGAAUAAGAUUACGUACGGAAUAAGUGGCGGCUUGGAGUACCAUAAGCUGACAUUGAAUCAUACACAGGAAAAGAUGAGUGCGAAAAAGCUAUCAAAUGUUACUCUGCGGCAAUCCUUCACUUUAUGGCAAGAACGUUGUUCUCGGAUGGAGGCGAGCAUUUUGAAGCUAAUCGAAGUAGCCGACAAGGUUACCAAACGGUACGAUUCGGUGCUAAAGCGUAGCCGUGAUUCUGUUGGUCACCAUCUCCUGAAAGAUUAUGAACAGCAGGACCAUUUCAACUUGAAAGGAUUAGAUGGUCGGUACGAAAUUGUCCGAGCACAGAUAUUAGAGAAGAAUACGCACGAAAAAUCGCACAUUGAUAUGCUACAGGCGGUCUAUGAGUGUCUGAAGAAGCGUGACAUUUUAUUGCGGGAUUAUGCUUUUAAGGAACUCCAGCAACAGCUAGUAGACAUUCGUCGUGAAAUGCAGGAAAUACGAAAAGCUCUGCAAAAGGCUUUAGAGCACGCAGAAAAGUUCAAGAAAGAGCUCGCCAGGAUGACUUUGGAACACAACGAUAAUAUCUGGAAUCUGCUGCAGAAUUUGUUAGAGAGCACACAAAAACUAACUUCCAAUGAAAACCCUGCAACGCUUUCGGAUAUUGAACAACUGAUGGGUUCGGUUAGUUUGCAAUCAAAAGCCUGCAAUGGAGGUCUUCCGAAUGGUCCAGAUUUUCAUGUCGGCGGCACAGUAUCAUCUCUGCAGGAUUCUCUGGGAAAAAGCUUAUUGAGCAAAAGCUUACUCUGCUUUGGCGAAGGACCGGAUGUGGAAUCGUUGAUAACAGCAAAUAAUUCGUUGAUAAUGACAACUGAUGAUCUAUUAAACGAUGGAUUUGAUUUCUUCAAGUAGUCAUAAACAAAAGAUGUUACCCAGUCUUAAUCUUAAUUACAACGGAUGGCUUCUUGAAUGAGUGUAUUUUUCAAUAAUGACAGCAACAUCAGAAGAGAAUCGGAUUCGAUUGAUCCACAUUAUUCGAGAGAUCAUUCCGUCGUAAUAAUUAUUGAAUAAGACUGAAUAUCUGUCAAUUAGAAUCGUGCCUAUUCUGUCAUUGACGGUACAUUGUUGUAAGGAGACCGUGACAAAUUUGAUCAACUAUUAUUUUAUUCUUAUGUGAUACACAGCUACUUUUGUACAUAAAACGUAUUGUCUGUAACAUGUAUCUUCUACUAAAUGCAAUUAAAAUAAUUUUAUCUUUAAUA